UACUAUAUUUUACUAAUAUUCCGAAUGUGUAAUAUAAAAGGAUAUUUGUGUAAAAUGAACGACUUGUAUUAUCAAUUUCCCUUGCUCCAUUAAUUUUUGAUCGUUGUGAUUAAAGAUAUUUGAGCAUCACUAGCCACUUUGAACUGUGAUCCCAUCCCUGGCCAUUUCGUUUUGAUGUGAAAUUCGUGUAAAUAGUUGCCAUGUGCAGUAUCGGCGAAGAUGAUUUCGGCGACGAGGGUGGCGCCCAUGCCAUGGUGGCGGAAUCCCUGCCCGCUGGCAUAGUUCUGAGCACAGGGGACUGCACCAAAUGUGGCACAUCAUCCUCCGAACUGUACAAACUGAACUUCCGGACGCCGGAGUGCCGUGCUUGUUUCCUCACCUAUGUGAGGCACAAGUUCCGGGCAGCGCUGGGCGCAGCCAAAGUUCUGCCCCGGGAUGCAGAGGUCCUCCUCGUACUCGAUGGCUCUGCUGAGUCCCUUGUGCUUCUGGAUAUGCUACACUUCGCCCAGACGCAGAACACAUUCAAAAGACUCCAUUGCAAUGCUCGUGUGGUCUACGUGGAGGACCAAGCACUGCAGGAGCGCGAUCCUGUGGAUGUGGAAUCUCUUCAGGCAUUGUCUCGGCAAUACGAACCCUUCGAAUUCCAUGUGAUAGAACUGGGGGCGCCGCCAAGCUCGCUACGGAAUAUAAAGGAUUACUCUCCCACCUCUGCCGAAGAAAUCAACAGGCUUGGCGUUAAGCUGGAAAAACUGCGAAGCCUUACAGCUCGCCAGGAUUACCUGCAGCAGGAGCGCAAGAACCUCAUUGCUUCGGUGGCCCAGCAGCUCCACUGCAGUCAUGUUUUUGAAUCCAGUAUAAGUGUGGAUUUGGCCACCCAAUUGCUGACGGCCAUCGCCUUGGGACGAGGUGGCAGUGCCGCCUUGGAUGUGGCUCUUCUGGACGAUCGACUGGCCGGCGGCGAUGUCAAACUUCUGCGACCCCUUAAAGACCUCAACGAACAGGAGGUACAGUUCUAUGUUCAUGCCCAGCGACUUAAGCCACUACUCAAGGGUAGGCUCCGGUAUGGCCAGGAGCGAGGAGAGACUGCUAGCCUGCAGAACCUGACGUCGGCGUUCGUAACCAACCUGCAGCAAAACUAUGCCUCCACUGUAUCCACGGUUUUUCGGACUGGUGACAAAAUUACUUCCAAUACGCAUCCCGAGCAGGCCAGUUGUUUUCACUGCCAGUCUGCGCUGGAUUCCCAACUCUCAGACACUCUCCUGGCCAUCGAGUAUUCGCGUUCGGUGUCCGAGGCGGGCGUGUCUCUCCACAAGAACGGCGAAGAUCUCGAAGAACUGGCUAGGAAGCGGCUGGAGUCGCAGAAUGACCUGUGCCACGCUUGCCACCGCAUACAGAUGGAGUUGGACAGCGUGGUUGCAGCUGCAGAUGACCAUCGAUGGGCGGAACAUUACAAGCGAGCACUACCUUAUGGAAAUCGUAGAUGAUAUAGCGGUUGUAUCGCUUGGCCUUUCGGUGUUGGUCAUUCAACGACCCCGACAGAAUGAUAGUUUGUGUGCAAGCGCCAGGCUCGUUUGGAUACAGUUCAUCCCCGGGAAGCACU